CUAUUUAUUAAAGGCAGAAGAUGCUAGUGUUCGUAGCACAGUGAACUGAGCAUCAGUCAGAAACGUUCCUGUUUGCAGACUACACACCCAGGAGAGCCAGGAUGGGCACUGCUGGAAAAGUUAUUAAGUGUAAAGCAGCUGUACUAUGGGGAAUGAACCAGCCUUUCUCCAUUGAGGAGAUAGAAGUGGCCCCACCAAAGGCGAAGGAAGUUCGUGUUAAGAUUUUGGCCACUGGAAUCUGUCGCACAGAUGACCAUGUGAUCAAAGGAGCAAUGGUGUCUAAGUUCCCAGUGAUUGUGGGACAUGAAGCAGUGGGGGUCGUAGAGAGUGUUGGAGAAGGGGUCACUACGGUGAGACCAGGUGACAAAGUCAUCCCCCUCUUUCUACCACAGUGUAGAGAAUGCAACGCCUGCUGUAACCCAGAGGGCAAUCUCUGCGUUAGGAGCGAUCUGACAGGCCGUGGAGUUCUGACCGACGGCACUACCAGAUUCACAUGCAAGGGCAAACCGGUCCAGCACUUCAUGAACACCAGCACCUUCACCGAGUACACGGUGCUGGAUGAGUCGUCUGUAGCUAAGAUCGAUACUGUGGCUCCUCCCGAGAAAGCCUGCCUAAUUGGCUGUGGGUUUUCCACUGGCUAUGGGGCAGCUGUUAAAACUGCCAAGGUCACCCCUGGCUCCACUUGUGUUGUGUUUGGCCUGGGAGGAGUUGGCCUGUCAGUAAUCAUGGGCUGUAAGGCAGCUGGUGCCUCCAGGAUCAUCGGAAUUGACAUCAACAAAGACAAAUUCCAGAAGGCCUUGGAUGUAGGUGCCACAGAGUGUAUCAGCCCCAAGGACUCCACCAAGCCCAUCAGUGAGGUGCUAGCAGACAUGACAGACAACACUGUACACUAUACCUUUGAAGUUAUUGGGCGUCUUGAAACCAUGGUUGACGCUCUCUCAUCUUGCCAUAUGAACUACGGAACCAGUGUGGUGGUGGGUGCUCCUCCGUCAGCUAAGAUGCUCAGCUAUGACCCGAUGCUGCUCUUCACUGGGCGGACGUGGAAAGGCUGCGUCUUUGGAGGUUGGAAGAGCAGAGACGACGUACCCAAACUGGUGACUGAGUUCUUGGAAAAGAAAUUUGACCUGGGCCAGUUGAUAACCCACACCUUGCCUUUUAAAGACAUCAAUGAAGGAUUUGAAUUGCUCUAUUCAGGGCAAAGCAUUCGGACUGUCCUGACAUUUUGAGAUCCCGAGAGCUGUGCGCUCUG